AUGGGGAAUCAACCUAGUGCACCUAAAAUUACACCUCAAGAUAAAGCCAUCUUUCAACUCAAGCAACAAAGAGAUAAGAUAAAACAAUAUCAGAAAAAACUUAAUCACAUAUGCAACAAGCAAACAGAAUUAGCUAAAAUCGCAAUCACCAACAAGCAAUAUGAGAAAGCCAAGAUCUACCUACGUUUGAAAAAGAAACAAGAAUCAAUGAUCUCAACGACUUUUCAACAACUAGAUAAUUUGGAAAAUUUAAUAGGUACUAUUGAAUUUAAAUUAAUUGAAAAAGAUGUGAUAUAUGGAUUAGAACAAGGUAAUAUAGUAUUGAAAAAAUUAAAUAAUGAAUUAAAUGUUGAUAAAAUUGAUAAAAUAAUGGAUGAUUUAAGUGAUGAGAAAUUAAAAGAAGAAGAAAUUAGUAAUGCUUUGGGAUUAAAUUCAAGAUUAAAUAGAGCAGAUGAGAUUGAAAUUGAUGAUGAAUUUGAGAAAUUAAAUCAAGAACUUCAUGGUACAACAACCAAAUUGCCUGAAGCACCAAAAAAUCAAAUUAUGCCUAAUGUACCUACCAACAUCACCAAAGAAGAAGAAGUUCAAGAAUUUACAAAGAACGAACCAAUAGCAAUAUAA